AAAGAAACCGGGCCCCGAAAAUAUAGUACUGGUAAAGGACACCUUCUCGUCCGCUCCAAACGCUGCUCUUCUGCCAGACCUAUUUCGAGAAAUAAAAGCCACCGCCGCCACCACAGAAACCACCGUCCACCGCCGCUGCUGUUACUCCCGCUCCACCACUCUCAUUCACUGCCAGCUGAAGUAGAAUCAGCCAGCCGAUUAACUUUCCAUGGCCAACAUUGACAUCGACGGCCUCCUCCGCGGCGAGGACGGCGACGAGAGCCGCGUCCCCAGGACCAAAAUCGUCUGCACCCUAGGACCUGCAUCCAGAUCCGUCCCCAUGAUCGAGAAGCUUCUCAGGGCGGGGAUGAACGUCGCCCGCUUCAAUUUCUCCCACGGCUCUCACGAGUACCACCAGGAGACCUUGGACAACCUCCGCAUCGCCAUGCACAAUACCAGCAUCCUCUGUGCCGUCAUGCUCGAUACCAAGGGACCGGAGAUUCGGACCGGAUUCUUGAAGGAUGGGAACCCGAUACAGCUUCAGGAGGGCCAAGAGAUCACGAUCUCUACUGACUACACCAUCAAGGGAGAUACGGAGACGAUUUCGAUGAGCUACAAGAAGCUGCCGCUGGAUGUCAGGCCGGGGAACACCAUCCUUUGUUCCGAUGGCACCAUUAGUCUCAAUGUUCUGUCGUGUGAUCCCAAGGCUGGAACUGUGAGGUGCCGCUGCCAGAAUGCUGCCGUGCUCGGUGAGAGGAAGAAUGUCAAUCUCCCUGGUGUGGUCGUCGAUCUCCCCACGCUUACUGAUAAGGACCGGGAGGAUAUUCUUCAAUGGGGCGUUCCGAACGCCAUUGACAUGAUUGCUCUCUCUUUCGUCCGAAAGGGGUCCGACCUUGUCAAUGUUCGCAAGGUCCUUGGCCCCCACGCCAAGCACAUCAAAUUGAUGUCCAAGGUUGAGAAUCAGGAGGGUGUUAUCAACUUCGAUGACAUCCUGCGCGAGACCGAUGCUUUCAUGGUUGCUCGUGGCGAUCUCGGAAUGGAGAUCCCCGUGGAGAAGAUCUUCCUUGCUCAGAAGAUGAUGAUCUACAAGUGCAACCUCGUGGGGAAACCCGUGGUCACUGCCACCCAAAUGCUCGAGUCGAUGAUCAAGUCCCCUAGGCCGACUCGUGCAGAAGCCACCGACGUCGCCAAUGCAGUCCUCGACGGCACCGAUUGCGUGAUGCUGAGCGGGGAGAGCGCCGCUGGGGCGUACCCCGAGCUGGCGGUGAAGACCAUGCGGAGAAUCUGCAUCGAGGCAGAGUCUUCGCUGGACUAUGGUGCCGUGUUUAAGGCGAUCAUGAGGUCGACCCCGCUUCCAAUGAGCCCGCUGGAGAGCCUGGCGUCUUCCGCUGUUCGGACUGCGAACAAGGCUAGAGCAAAGCUGAUCGUGGUGCUGACUCGGGGCGGAACGACGGCAACGCUGGUGGCUAAGUACAGGCCGGCAGUGCCGAUAUUGUCUGUGGUGGUGCCGGAGUUGACCACGGAUUCGUUCGACUGGGCGUGCAGUGACGAGUCUCCCGCGAGGCACAGUCUGAUAUACAGGGGUUUGAUCCCGAUACUGGCGGAAGGGUCCGCCAAGGCCACGGAUGCUGAGUCGACGGAGGAGAUACUGGUUGCAGCUCUGAAGAAGGCUGUGGAGAAGGGUCUGUGCAAGGUUGGAGAUGCGGUGGUGGCCCUACAUCGAAUAGGGACGGCCUCGAUUAUCAAGAUCUGCAUGGUGAAGUGAUAAAUGGCUACAGUUUGAGAUGGAGCAGGAGGAAGAUUGAUGCGGCUAAUCGAACAAUUUUUGUGCCGCGUCUCGGUUGUGUUUUUUCGUGUACUGAAUUUUUUGCUAUCGAGGGCUAGACAUUAGACAACGAGUUUGCUAGACAGUCCAAAACACUCUUUUAAGUUUAAGUACUGUGAUAUGGCACUUCAUUUGCAGGUUUUUUUGUUUUCUUUCAAAGAGGUACAGUAUGGAUCAACUUAACACUUCAUGCCAAGUUACAAUUUUGCUUGUAAAACCUUAUUAGUUGAAUACGAACUUACGGC